AUUUCUUUUUAAGUCAAAGCUGUAACAACGAGAUACACCAUAGAUCCAACUUACGGAUAUUAAAGCAAUAAUGCCCGAGAUUCAAGAUCAGAAAAGACACAGGUACAAGAUUGGGACCUUGGCAUUAUCAGCUGUCAUACUCAUUUGGGUGUCUUCUUCAUUUGUUAUGAAUAACAUGUUUGCAAAUCUCAAAUACAACAAACCGUUCAUGAUCACUUAUAUUAAUACAGCAACUUUUUCUUUAUAUCUCUUGCCCUAUUUAUUCAAUUUAAGAAACAAUAAUUCAAAAGCAUCAACAUUUGCACAACACGCAGCAACAGCAGAGACUGAAAUCAGACUACUUGGCAAUGAGGAUUUGGACAACGAUGCUCCUGAUACUAUGUACGAAAUAGAAAAUGAACCUUCCAAACUUAGUACAGCAGAAACCAUCAGAUUGGCCUUAACAUUUUGUCUUUUGUGGUUUAUGGCAAACUAUACAACAAAUGCUAGCUUGGCUUAUACUAGCGUGACCAGUAGCACGAUUUUAUCCUCCAUGUCAGGCUUGUGUACAUUGGCCAUAGGAGCACUAGUCGGGGUAGAGCCGUUCAGUUUGAUCAAGAUGCUUGCAGUUUGCACAAGUUUUAUUGGUGUCAUCAUUGUUACAUACUCAGAUCAGUCAGGAUCAGAGGAUACUCCAAUGCCUCCAAGUGCACAUUUGAUAGGUGAUUUAUUGGCCUUAAGCGGUGCCAUAUUUUAUGGAUGUUAUACUACCUUGUUGAAACUAAAGAUUGGCGAUGAAUCUCGGAUCAAUAUGCCUUUAUUUUUUGGAUUUGUUGGAAUAUUCAACUUGCUAUUACUCUGGCCAUUUUUCUUCAUUUUAAACUAUUUUGAACUAGAAAAGUUUGAACUACCCUUUUCAGCAUCAAUUUGGAUCAUGAUUUUCUUGAACGCGUUUGUAGGAACUUUUAUGUCAGACUACUUAUGGUUACUGGCUAUGCUUAUGACAUCUCCUUUGGUUGUUACCUUAGGCGUGUCAUUAACAAUACCUUUGGCUGUAGCAGGUGAUGCUGUCUUUACGCAUGUUGUUCCUGGACUAGAAUAUGCACUUGGUGCUAUCCUUGUUAUAGCUGGCUUCUUUGUAGUAAACAUGGCCACACUAAAGAAUGACCGGCACUUCAGGCAGGCAAAUGAUCAGCAAUCAAAUGAAAAUGAAGCAAGCCCAACGCAAGCAUUGCAUACAAGCAGCAGAUUAGCAAGCAAUGAUGGGCCUCGGGGAGGUCUGUACAAAUAGAACAUAUGCUGUUUGCUCUAGAGUUCAGUAUUAAUAAACCAUAUGUUUGCAAAACCAGAA